AUGCCAGCGCAGCAGAAGAAGAUGCUGUUCUGCACGGCCGGGGUGCUGAGCUUCGCCUGCGCCCUGGGGGCGGCGGCGGCCGUGGGCUCGCAGCUCUGGGUCCGGGGCUCCAUCCUCUGCUCCACCGGAGCGCUGCUGGUCAACGCCAGCGGCCCCGAGCUGCACAAGUUCAUCGGCGACAUCCAGUACGGGCUGUUCUCGGGGCAGAGAGUGCGGCAGUGCGGGCUGGGGGGGCGGCCCCAGAGCUUCUCCUUUUUUCCAGAUCUGCUCAGAAUUAUCCCUGCAAGCAUCCACGUCAGUGUCAUUCUCUUCUGCACAGUCCUGAUUGUCUUUGCCCUGGUGGCAGCAGGGUUCUUCAUGCUCAACGCUUUUGGCAGCCCCUACGAGACCCUGCACGGCCCCGUGGGGCUCUACCUGUGGAGCUUCAUCUGCUGUUCCUGUGGCUGCCUCAUCAUGAUUCUCUUCUCCUCAGAGGUGAAGAUCCACCACCUUUCAGAGAAAAUUGCUAAUUUCAAAGAGGGAACUUUCACUUUCAAGACUCACAGUGAGCAGUUUGCCAAUUCCUUCUGGACCAUCCUGGUUUGCUCCCUGGUGCACUUCCUCAAUGCCCUGCUGAUCCGACUCGCUGGCUUUGAAUUUCCCUUUUCAAAAUCAAAGGACUCGGGGACAACCACAGGAGCAGUUGACCUGAUGUAUUAA